UAUCAUUACUGUUAAAUGACUCUCCUAAAAGUUAACCGAAGACUGGCGGGAGAUAUUAUCGUUUGCUUCGCUGCCAAUGGCAGUCGAUUUUCACUGACAGUCGCUCGACAACUCGGCACGGAGACUGACACGCUGUUUUAAUCAUCUCGCACACACGCGCUCGGGAUGUGCAUAGUGAUGUGAUAUCGUACAAAGUCUCAUUUAUGAAAGAAAAAUAUUUUAGAUUAUUAUUUUGCAGAUACGAAAUUAUAUUUCAAAGUUGUUUUAAAAGAAAUUUUAUUGCGGGAUACUUAUUUUAUUUGAUGAUAUUGGAAAAAUUAAUAUUUAUGUUUGUUCAAAAAUUUUAUUACACAUUUCUGAUAAUAAUCUUUGCAAAUUGCAAAAAGUUAAAGUUUUUUAGAAACUUCUGUAAAUUUUAUUUUAUUAUUUAUUAAGAAUUUCACGCCUGGUGGGGGGGAUGUAGAAUUUUCAUAAAUGCUGAUGUCCAAAAGAAGCUUACAAGAUUUAGAAAAUGAUGGAUGAAAUAAACAUUUUGUGAAGCACAAUUUGUAACACACAUGAUCAACUUGUGAUAUUGAGAACAUCAUUUUAUACAAAUAGCGUUUGUAUUUUCAAUUAAUUAUGAUAAAAAGGUGUUGUUCGUGCUCGUGCCUCUCUAUAUUCAGGCCGCAGCAGAUCAGGCCUUGGGAGAGACCACGACCGCCUUCUAUUGCCCCUGGGGAGGAUUUUGGCGUUCCAGUAUUAACGAUUGACAAUGUAGACACUUGCAUCGAAGAGAACGGCGAGAAUCAUCGGACAUCCAGAUAUGAGCUGAUGACCCGUCAGGAUGACAGAGCAAGACUCGUCGUCAGACGUGGUCAGGAAUUUUAUCUGCACCUCAGUCUAUCUCGAGACUAUAAUUCUUCCAUCGACGGUAUUUCUUUCGUCUUCACCGUGGACGGCAUCGAGAGACCGCAACAUGGACACGGGACACUAGUGGCAACCGCCCUCUUACAUCCCGGAGAGAUUUCCGAAGCCGCUUGGCAGACCACCAUAGACGCCAAAGGACCAAAUUUCUUGAGAAUAAGGGUUGUGACAUCCGCAAAUGCGAUUAUAGGCAAAUGGAACAUGGAAAUUGAUACCAAGAACAAGGAAUCCGAAGGUGCUGUCAGUUACACAAUGGAUCAGCCGUUUUACUUGAUCUGUAAUCCCUGGUGCAAAGACGACAUAGUGUACUUGGACGGUGAGGCCGAAUGUCAGGAAUAUGUAUUAGCGGAGGAUGGUUUAAUCUGGCGCGGCAGUCACAAUCGUAUGCGGCCCAGUGUGUGGAAGUACGCGCAAUUCGAACGAGAUAUCUUGGACUGCGCCCUGCACCUGAUGAAUCAGGUUGGCAGGGUUCGCGUCUCCGGCAGGAAUGACCCGAUCGUCAUAACGCGUUGUCUAUCCGCCGCGGUAAACUCCCCCGAUGACAAUGGGGCGGUAAUGGGAAAUUGGACGGACGAUUACGGGGGCGGGACACCACCUACGAGAUGGAUGGGCUCGCAGAAGAUACUCCAGCAGUAUUACAAGACAAAGAAACCGGUCAAGUACGGACAGUGCUGGGUCUUCUCCGGCGUGCUAGCGACUAUUUGCCGUACUCUCGGUAUACCAUGUCGAGUAGUGACCAACUACUCGAGUGCGCACGAUACUCAGAGCAGUCUGACCGUGGACUACUUCGUGAAUUCGGAAGGCAAGAUCAUGGAGGAGCUCAACAGCGACUCUAUCUGGAAUUUCCACGUUUGGAACGAAGUUUGGAUGAAGCGGUUGGAUUUGUCGCCGGAUUACUCGGGAUGGCAGGUGAUCGACGCGACUCCUCAGGAACUGAGCGAGGGCGCGUAUCGUUGCGGGCCGGCAUCGGUGGCCGCCGUGAAGAAGGGAGAAGUCCUGCGUCCUUACGACAACGCGUUCGUUUUCGCCGAGGUGAACGCCGAUAAAGUCUACUGGCGUUACAACGGGCCCACGCAGCCGUUGAAGUUAGUUCGCAAGGAUAUGUACGGCAUCGGCCAGCUGAUCAGCACGAAAGCGAUUGGUAGAUGGACAAGAGAAGACAUCACGCACACUUACAAGUAUCCAGAAAAGUCCGAUGAAGAACGUGCGGCUAUGUUGAAGGCAUUGCGCCAGAGCGAAUCUUUAUUUAGCCGUUAUUAUCUCAACGAGGAGUUCAACGACGUCAUGUUCACUUUCGAACUGCGCGAUGACAUCAUAAUCGGGCAGCCAUUCAGCGUCGUAUUACUGAUAAAAAAUCGACACCCAACGAUGGAAUAUCGUGUAUCUGUAAUUCUGAGAGUGGAGACUGUGCUGUACACCGGUCGAGUAGGCGACCCGGUGAAGAGAUUGCACAUCGAUAGACUGGUCCGACCAGGGGUGUUAGACGAAAUUCGCAUGGACGUUUCCUGGGAGGAAUACGGUCCGAGAUUGUUGGAUCAAUGCGCCUUCAACAUCGCCUGUCUUGCUACCGUAAAGGAUACGAACUUUGAAUACUUCGCACAGGACGACUUUCGCGUUAGAAAACCCGACAUUAGGAUCAUGUUGCAUAACGACGCAGUCGUCGGUCAGACUCUCCACGCUUCGGCCAAGUUCCGCAAUCCGCUACCGAUUCCUUUGAGAAAGGGUAGGUUCCUCAUCGAGGGACCCGGUCUGGACGAGCAGUUGAAGCUGAAGUUAUCGGAACCCGUCGAGGUGGACGCAGACGCGGAGUGUAGCUUCUCCAUGAUGCCAAAAUUAGAAGGACGCGCCAGGAUAGCAGCGAAGUUUUAUUCGCGGGAAUUGGAGGAUGUUGACGGACAUUCGAACAAUUUUAUAGUUAAAGCGACGAGAGCGAUCAGUAAUUCUGACUAUGAGUGAUUUUCAUGUAUUUUCUAUGAUAUUUUUAGCAAAUAAUGUCGCGUUUUUUAUAUUUUUACUUUCGAUUUAUAUUUACAUUUAGUUUUAUAUGUUCAUUAAUAAUGUGAUAAUAAUUUUUCAGUGCGAAAAGAACAUAAAUUAACAUAGACUCGUAAUUGUAAUUGCUCGAUGCCAAAAAAAUUGACACUUUGUGUAAUAAUUUGCACGAAUUUCUGAAAUUAUAAAAUUAAUUCUUAGAGAUAAAUCAAGUUUAUAUUUUUUUAAUGGAAAAAAAAGAAAGCGUGAAAAUGUAAAGUCAAGAAAAUGAGUGUAACAUUUUGCCAAAAAUUUUGUUUUAUAUUAUAGAAAGUAUCAAGCUGUGAGAGGCGCAAAAUAUUCAUUUAUUUAUUGCAAUUUGAGUGCAAAAAUUAAAACUCUAAAUGUGAACAGAGUGCGUAUAUGCGUGUGCGUAUGUGUAUGCUAAUUAGCGUGAAUUAGGUAAGCCGAGCCAUAAUGAAGAUUAUUUUUAAUGUAUUAUUAUAUCUUUUCUUCUAUUUAUCUUGCAUGAUAGUCGUUAUUAUAUUUUUCUACGUGUUCAUAGAAUGUAAAAUCGCAACAUUUAACAUACACGCGUUAUUUUGUACGUGAAGAAAAUAAUCUUUGACUCAUUUGAUCGUUCA